AUAUUUCUGUCUCACGAACGAAUCGGGUUUUGUCAUCAGUUCUUCACGAGGAGGAUUGCAACUGCUGCUGCUCCUCCUGGUAACUAAUUUUGAGUUUGAAAUUGAAACAUGUAGGUGCAAGCUCACCAACCAACCACCUUGAAGGGUGCCGUAAAAUGGGGCUGCUGUCCGAGGGAUCACCUUUGUCCUGGGAAGAGACCAAGAAGUGGGCCAACCACGUGAAAACUAAUGGAAUCGAGCAGUUUAUCAAUUUGUACAAGAGGCUGAAGGAUCGACAGGGAGAUUCUCUGAAAUGGGGGGACGAGGUCGAGUAUUUGAUUGUUAAAUUCGACCACGAGAACAAACGGGCAACAGUUUCACUCCGAGCUAAUGAAAUGCUGCCUAUAUUGAGAGAGCCUGAAAAUCAAGAUCCUGCAAGUGCAAAGUCAUUGUGGAGACCUGAAUAUGGAGCAUACAUGGUUGAGGGGACGCCAGGUUGUCCGUACGGUGCCUUGCCUGUGCAUCUUAAUAUUGUUGAAGCAAACAUGAAAUUACGGAGAAAAGAGGCACAAAUGCUCCUUCCUCCAAAUGAGAUGGUGCUCUCCGUUGCAAACUUUCCACGACUUGGAUGCCCUGGAUUUACCUUCCCUGAAUAUAAUCCAGACACUUCAGAGAAGGGCGUCUCCAUGUCUCGUUUUUUCCCAGAUGAAGCAAUAUUUCCUGGCCAUCCUAGAUUUGCAACUUUGACAAGAAAUAUUAGAUCAAGAAGAGGUUCCAAAAUUGAUAUACAAAUACCUGUUUUUGUGGAUAAAAAUACGCCGAGACCAUUUGUUGAAGCCGGAGUUCCAGAACAGAAAGAGGAUAUGAUUUAUCUAGAUGCUAUGGGAUUUGGAAUGGGAUGCUGUUGUCUCCAAGUUACUUUCCAAGCUUCAAGUAUUGCAGAAGCACUCAAAUUAUAUGACAACUUGACGCCACUCUGCCCCAUAAUGCUGGCAUUGACAGCUGCAACUCCUUUUUAUAGGGGAUAUAUUUCUGAUGUUGAUUGUCGAUGGAAUAUUAUUGCCGCAUCGGUGGAUUGCAGACGUCCUGAAGAGAGAUCGGUGAUUCGUAAAUCCAGAUAUGACUCUGUCGAUACAUACUUGUCGGAGGAGAAUAGUGAAUACAAUGACAUUCCUCUAAUAUAUGAGGAACCCCACUACCAGUCUUUGAUCACAGAAGGAGGGAUCGAUAAGAGCUUGGCAAAACACAUUGCUCACCUCUUUAUCCGAGACCCGGUUUCUCUUUUUUCAGAGAAAAUCAAUCAAGACAACAAGAAAGACUCUGACCAUUUCGAGAACAUCCAGUCUACCAAUUGGCAAACAAUGAGGUUCAAACCACCACCUCCAGAAAGCUCGAUUGGAUGGCGUGUGGAAUUUCGACCUUGUGAAGUCCAGUUAACUGAUUUUGAAAAUGCUGCCGUUGUUUGUUUCGUUGUUUUGUUAACCAGAGUUGUACUUACUUACAACUUACACUUUAUGAUUCCAAUAUCCAAGGUCGAUGAAAACAUGAAGAAUGCUCAGAAGCGAAAUGCAAUUGCCACUGAAAAAUUUUGGUUUAGAAAUGAUUUACAAAAUAAGACAGCAUCAUACUCUUUGAUGACUGUAAACGAAAUCAUUAAUGGGAAAGAGGGAUUUCCUGGUCUCAUUACACUAAUUCAAAACUAUUUGAAUUCAAUGGAUGUUGAUGCAGAUACCCAAUGCACCCUUCAACAAUAUUUGUGCUUAAUUUCACGACGUGCCAAGGGCGACGUCAUGACUGCGGCCAAAUGGAUGCGAGAAUUUGUUACCUCCCAUCCAAAGUACUCGCAGGACAGUGUCAUUACAGAAGAAAUAAAUUAUGAUCUGCUCCAGCGAAUUGCAACAUUGUCAGAAAAUCAUUCUUCCACUCUGCUUGGAAAUAUUGAUCCGAAUCGUUCGAAGACCCAGGACAAUGUCCCAGAAAUCCUAACGAGAUAGAUAACCAGACCACUCUUCAUGUAAAUGGAAGAUUCAUUCACUUACUUAUAAAUAUAUAUAUAUAUCUACUAUAUUAUAAAUGCCUUACGGUAUUUAGUCCCACAUAUGCAUAUAUAUAGUUUUAUGAGGAGAAUUAUAUUGCAAAUUAGUAAAGUUGAAUGAUAAAAAACAUGUAUGUACCUCUACUCUACAGAUGCUAUCAGUACCUUUCCAGAAAUGACAUUUUGUGAUCAAGUUGUUAGAUGGGUGUGUUAUGUAGAUUUUAGAGAUUGAUAGAGUGCUUCAGUAAUAAUAACACGCGUGAUGAAACAAUUUUUCUGAUGAAUAAACAACUUGAGUUUAUUUUUA